AUGGCGCCCUUACCCGCCACGCUAAUGUUAGCACGCGAUUCUAAGUUUGAUGCACUUCUUACGUCGGAAGAAUUCAGGGCUCAGUGGAUCCAUCCAGCUGAUGUCUUUAGCGUUCUACUGAUUUUGGGCGGUGAUGUUGUCGCCCGCGCACUGGCACAACUCGCUGGUCAAGGGUUGGCACCUGUAAUCUUCUCAUUCGGAUGGGUAGCUUUUUCUGUCUCCACCCUCGUUUCCGCUAUUGGCGAAAACAAGUUGAUGCCAUCAGAUCCAGAUUGCAAAUGCAAAGUCAUUAACUGCAAGAAUGGGUAUAUUAGAGAAAACUCGAGCUGGAUUUUAGGCAGAAUCAUGCGCGACUUCGAUAAAUGGAGCGAUCCUGCCACAAAGGAGAAGAUUGAAACACUGUUAGACGACAAGAAAAUAGAAGACAAGUUAGCAGAAAGGCCAACACGCGCUGGUCUUGUAGUAACGGUCUAUAAACCGAGUGAAAAGGGUGAUGUUCGUGUGGCCAAACGCGAUUUCAUCUACUGGAGUGGCAUCUUCACUUUGAUCGUGCAGCUAGGAGUUGCAGCUGUACCUUGUGGGCUCUUUGGAGAUUGGGGUAUCUUGAUGAUAACGGCCAUCGGUAAUACGCUUGCUUUUGCAACAGGGCUUCUUCCGCAGUGGAGGAAAGAAAAGUGGGCUUGCCGCGAUAAGUCUCCGAGUACCUUUGUUAUUACUAGAGGAAACGGGGCUCAACAUGCCAUCGUUAUUCUAGGUAAUAGGCAUGGCCUGAAUCUUGAGGAUUUAGCGGCAGGACAAAGCAGCUUUGACGCAUCUACCAAUCUUCUUACACGAGUUGCUCUUCUUGCACUCUCGAUUCUCUGGGUGCUUCUCCUUAUUACUGCGGCAGGUCUACAGUUAAAUACCUGGUUUCUUCUCGCUAUUGGCGGCAUCGGUAUUGUUCAGAAUGUCUUUGUCGCUGGCUGGGAUCGGAAGCCUGAAAACUUUGGCAUUCCUCUAGAUUAUGUCCGUGUUUUUGGUCAGACGAAGGUGAUGGAAACAUUAUAUGACGUCGAAAGAAACUACCGAGGUGUAGGUGUGAGCAUGCUUAACGAGUUUUUCCCUGGAAGGCUUCACUCUAAUGAGGUCGAGAAAUGGGAUAAAAUCGAAGCUGAUUGGAAAGUGAAGCGUGAAGGCUUAGUGACGUUGGAGCUUUAG